UUAAGAAAAUAAUUUUAAAAAAUAUCGCUAAUCAAUCGUAGGACAUUACCUAUAAAAAUUGUCAAGCACCAUCAAUACUCAGUAACAAUCGCGUUUAACAAAUUAUAUUAUUAUAUUAUUACCCUGCCUUUCUUUUUUUCCAUUGCGGCUAUAUAACACUUUCUGUUCUCUUCUCUUCUCUCUGUACCGCACUCACAUAUAAAUACGUGCUAUCCACACACCAUUCUUCUUCAUUCAUUUCUUUCUUCAAACCAAAACAACACCAUAACAUAACAUUGUAAGUAUAUAACAAACAAACAAAGAAGCUGAACAAUUUGAUUCAGUUUCUAUGGAAUUACUAAGCUUAUUAUUACCUAGAGUUAAACUCUGUGCUACUCUCCUAUGUAUCACUGCUUCUCUGUUGCUCACCAUUGUUAAGGCUGAAGAUCCUUACAGAUUCUUUGACUGGAAUGUCACUUAUGGCGACAUUUACCCGCUAGGUGUUCGUCAACAGGGAAUCCUUAUCAAUGGACAAUUUCCAGGCCCCGAUAUUCAUUCGGUUACUAACGACAAUCUCAUUAUCAAUGUCCACAAUAGCUUGGACGAGCCUUUUCUCCUAUCUUGGAAUGGAAUUCAAAACAGGAGGAAUUCUUUCGAAGAUGGUGUAUGGGGAACGACAUGCCCAAUACCACCAGGCAAAAAUUUCACCUACAUUCUCCAAGUGAAAGAUCAGAUUGGGAGUUUUUACUAUUUCCCUUCUCUUGCAUUCCACAAAGCUGCUGGUGGAUUUGGAGGUAUUAGAAUCCUUAGCAGGCCCAGAAUUCCUGUUCCUUUUCCAGACCCAGCUGGUGAUUACACUCUUCUUAUUGGAGAUUGGUACAAGUCCAACCACACGGAUUUGAAAACCCAUCUUGACAAUGGUAAUAAGUUGCCUUCUCCUGAUGGAAUUCUCAUCAAUGGUCGUGGGCCUAAUGCUUAUUCUCUUACUGUUGACCAAGGAAAAACUUACAGGCUUAGAAUUUCAAAUGUUGGGCUGCAAAAUUCCCUAAACUUUCGCAUUCAAAAUCACAAAAUGAAGUUGGUAGAAGUGGAGGGAACACAUACACUCCAGACCACCUACUCCUCCCUGGAUGUACACGCAGGCCAAUCCUAUUCCGUUCUGGUAACAGCAGACCAGCCUGGACAAGAUUACUACAUUGUGGUUUCCACUCGUUUCACCACUGGCCCUGACUACCUCACUACAACUGGUGUUCUUCAUUAUAGCAACUCUGCUGGCACAGUCUCUGGCCCACCUCCUGGUGGUCCCACCAUCCAAAUUGAUUGGUCUUUGAACCAAGCUCGCUCUAUUAGGACGAAUCUUACAGCAAGUGGGCCUAGGCCGAACCCACAAGGGUCGUACCAUUAUGGUCUUAUACCCUUGGUCAAAACCUUCGUACUUGCAAGUUCGGCAGGACAAAUAAAUGGGAAGCAAAGAUACGGAUUCAACAGUGUAUCUUUCAUCCCAACUGAUACACCCCUUAAGGUCGCUGACUUCUUCAAACUUGGAGGCUUCCGCGUGGGAAGCGUUGGCGAUAGGCCAAGUGGCGGUGGGUUGUACCUUGACACAGCUGUUCUUGGAGCUGAUUAUAGAACUUUUGUCGAAUUUGUCUUCCAAAACGAUGAAGACAUAGUGCAGAGCUUGCAUUUGGAUGGCUACUCUUUCUUUGUCGUUGGAAUGGAUGGAGGCCAGUGGACACCGUCUAGUAGGGAUCAGUACAAUCUCCGGGAUGCAGUUUCACGUUGCACCACUCAGGUAUAUCCCAAGUCAUGGACUGCAAUACAUGUGGCUUUGGACAAUGUGGGUAUGUGGAACUUGAGGUCUGAGUUCUGGGCUAGACAAUAUUUGGGACAGCAGCUAUAUUUGCGUGUAUAUACAGCAUCAACUUCUUUGAGGGAUGAGUACCCAAUUCCAAAGAAUGCACUUCUUUGUGGAAGAGCAAGUGGAAGACGUACUCGACCCCUCUAAACAAAAGGCAACCAAUUUCCAAAGACAUCUAAGGUUUAAGUUGAAACUUUAGAUGGUGAUGAUGAAGAGUAGAUUAGUAAUUGUUGGGCUCUCUUAUUACUUCAUAUUAUUGGUUUGGUGCGUUUUUUCAUUGUGAUAUCGAUUUAAUGCCCGUAUGUACCACUUACCACUCUUUCAUUAUUAGGUCCUCAGCUCGAGGGCACAUUCUUUUUCUAUAUCUAAAAUUUAGAAUCGAUUGUACUGUCCUUUUCAUCUUUUGUUUGAUGAGUUUCAUAUCGAAUGAGAGGAUUCAUAUUUAUAAAUUACCAAUUUAUUCUCAUUAAAUGUAUAUUUAUUAUUUCGUGA